AUGACGCUGAAGAGUGCGGCGCAGUAUGAGAUCAAAGGCGUCCCCAUCGCGCAACUUAACAAUCAGCCGCUCAAGGUCAGAUACAAUGUGUUCCCGCCCACGAGGAAAGACUACUUGUCCUUGUUUGCCAAUGCACUGCAGAAGGGCAGCCCCCACUACCUUGCGCCUGGUGAAAUGCGGCAUUGCCUCGAGGUCGGCACGGGAACAGGAGUACUCAGCUUCAUCCUGAACGCGCACGGGGCGAAGAGAGUGACGGGGGUGGACAUCAACGAAGAUGCGGUUCUUAACGCGCAGGAGAACCGAGCACUUCUCGGAAAGAACGAGAGCGAGCUUGCGUUUGUGCGCGCCGACCUCUUCCCCGCUGCGACCGACAGUGAUGCCAAGUACGAUCUCCUGGUGUGCAAUCCGCCAUGGCUACCCAUGCCAGUGGAGACUGCCGAGGCUUGUCCGCACAACCCUGGCACGGACGGCCUCAUGGGUGGCGUGCUCGACCGAAGAGGAGACCUGCUUCCUGCGCUCUUCCGGGGCCUCACGGACCGGCUGUCAUCGCGGGGUAGGCUCUGGCUCAUCUACUCAGAUCUCAGCAUCAAGCUAGGCCUGCAAGACGAGUCGUGGCUCAAGCAUCUCUGCGAGGCCAAUGGGCUCCUGGUGCGCGCUCAGACCAGCAUGCCGGCACGAGUGCGCCUUCACCCGCAAGAUCCGUUCUAUCAACUCAAGAAAGGGGAAGUGCUCACCCUGUACGAGAUUGUGCCGAAACACUGA